UUAAUCUUGUUCAUAAACUUUUAAAAAGACCCCUUCUCUAACUUAUCCUCACACACCGCAUAAACCAAGAUCCAAAAAAGAGAGAAAAAACAAGUUGAACGAAAAAAGAAAGAAAGAUAUAUAUAGAGAGAGAGAGAGUUGUAUAUAUCAUCCUAAUCCAAUUUGGAGGAGAAAGAAAGAAAGAAAAAGAAGAAUGGAGCAGCCGUAUGUGUACGCUUACCCACAGGGCACGGGACCUUCAGCUCCUCCCCCUCCACAAGCCGCCGGAGUGAUUGUCGAUCCAAGGUACUGCGCCCCUUACCCUGUAGAUCUGGCCAUCGUCCGGAAGAUGAUGAAGUUAACCGACGGUAACUUCAUUAUAACGGACGUCAACGGCAACCUGCUAUUCAAGGUGAAGGAACCCGUGUUUGGUCUCCACGACAAGAGGAUCUUGCUUGAUGCUUCUGGAACUCCGGUCGUGACUCUCAGAGAGAAGAUGGUGAGCAUGCAUGACAGGUGGCAAGUGUUUAGAGGAGGGAGUACGGAGCAGCGUGAUCUGCUGUACACGGUGAAAAGAUCGUCGAUGCUUCAGCUUAAGACCAAACUAGACGUGUUUUUGGGACACAACAAGGAGGAGAAGAGAUGUGAUUACCGAGUCAAAGGUAGCUGGCUCGAGCGUUCUUGUGUUGUUUACGCCGGCGAAUCUGACGCCAUUGUUGCCCAAAUGCACAGGAAGCACACGGUGCAGAGUGUAUUCUUGGGAAAAGACAAUUUCUCGGUGACUGUCUAUCCAAAUGUUGAUUAUGCCUUCAUUGCCUCUCUCGUUGUCAUCCUCGAUGACGUUAACCGUGAAGACCGAGCCGCUUGAUCUUCUUUACUAUAUUCUUCUUAUACAAAACAAAACUGUUGUUGUUUAUGCUUUGUUUGUUAGUGUGAGAGUGUGUGUGGAGUGGAGUAUCGACUAUCGAGCAUCUCUGUUGUAAAAUUAUACCCUACCGAAAUAACUGUGCUUGUCCUUCAUGUUUAAUAAUUACAACUACUUUUGUUGCUCUCUCA